UCCACCGAUUAAUGAUAAGAUUUACCGCUAUGCUUUCCACAAUAUUGUUACCACUUGUUCUAUGUCUUACUCUCCUUGUGCUUCUCUUGUUCUUCAUCCGCAAUCUCAGAACCUUCAAGAACCCACCCCUUCCUCCAGGUCCUAAAGGCCUUCCAAUAAUAGGAAAUUUACAUCAAUUUGAUAGUUCCAUUCUUUAUCUGCAGCUAUGGCAACUCUCAAAGAAAUAUGGCCCUAUAUUUUCUCUUCAAUUAGGGUUAAGGCCAGCCAUAGUUGUUUCCUCUCCUAAACUAGCCAAAGAGGUACUGAAAAACCAUGACCUAGAGUUUAGUGGACGACCUAAAUUACUUGGCCAACAGAAAUUGUCCUAUAAUGGGUCAGAGAUUGCAUUUUCCCCAUACAAUGAAUAUUGGAGACAAAUUAGAAAAAUUUGUGUUGUCCAUAUCUUUAGCUCCAAGCGUGUCUCUAGCUUUUCCUCUAUAAGAAAUUGUGAGGUGAAGCAAAUGAUAAAAAAAAUAUCUGGGCAUGCCUCUUCUUCGGGUGUUACAAACUUGAAUGAGUUACUCAUGUCUCUCUCAAGCACUAUAAUGUGUAGAGUAGCUUUUGGGAGAAGGUAUGAGGACGAAGGAAGUGAAAAGAGUAGGUUCCAUGUGUUGCUCAAUGAGCUUCAGGCCAUGAUGAGUACUUUCUUUGUUUCAGACUAUAUUCCAUUCACGGGUUGGAUUGAUAAACUCAAAGGAUUGCAUGCACGACUUGAACGAAAUUUCAAGGAGUUCGAUAAGUUCUACCAAGAAGUCAUUGAUGAGCACAUGGAUCCCAAUAGACAACAAAUGGAGGAACAUGAUAUGGUUGAUGUCUUGCUUCAAUUGAAGAAUGAUCGUUCUCUUUCAAUUGAUCUCACUUACGAUCACAUCAAAGGGGUCCUCAUGGACAUACUGGUAGCAGGGACAGAUACAACUGCAGCUACAUCAGUUUGGGCUAUGACUGCCCUCAUAAAAAACCCUAGAGUAAUGAAGAAAGUUCAAGAAGAAAUUAGAAAUGUGGGAGGCACAAAAGAUUUCUUAGAUGAAGAUGAUGUUCAAAAACUUUCCUAUUUCAAGGCAAUGAUAAAGGAGACAUUUAGAUUGUACCCACCAGCCACACUACUUGUACCAAGAGAAUCAAAUGAAGAGUGCAUUAUACAUGGCUAUCGAAUUCCAGCUAAGACAAUAUUAUACGUGAAUGCUUGGGUUAUUCAUAGAGAUCCCGAAUCUUGGAAAAAUCCUCAAGAGUUUAUUCCCGAAAGAUUCUUGGAUAGCGACGUAGAUUUUCGUGGACAAGAUUUCCAACUAAUUCCUUUUGGAACAGGUCGCAGAAGUUGCCCAGGUUUACCUAUGGCAGUUGUGAUAUUAGAACUUGUUCUUGCUAAUCUUCUUCAUUCCUUUGAUUGGGAAUUGCCACAAGGGAUGAUAAAGGAAGACAUUGAUGUUCAAGUAUUGCCAGGACUCACCCAACACAAGAAGAACGAUCUUUGUCUUUGUGCCAAGACUAGGAGCCAUAUAUAACUACUAGAUGGACUUUGUGAUCAAAAUAAUGCAUGUUAUAAUGUUCUAUCAAGAAAUUUUAAUGUGCUAUACUUACUUGACUUUUUGGUUA